AACAAUAGAAAAAGAAGUACUUGGGGCUUCUACGUAAGAGACAUUUAGUACCUACCCGAGCAAGCACACAAGCAACCGAGGUACAACAGCACGACACGAAGAGACAAGUAGGGCAGCUGUUGCAGCACGCGGAGUGAACAGACCAAGCAACGCCUAAAGCACUAAGCCAACCGCGCGCGCGACAUCUCCAUCACCAACUACCACACUUAUACAACUCAAGAAGGUUCUCCAUCACUACCCACCACAACUUUAUCGAGCCGCAACUUUAUCCAACCGCAACACAAGAUGGACCAUAAUCACGACUCAUCGAUGUUUUCGGUUGGCACUGCCGCCAGCAGUGUCGAUGGGUUACCACCUAUCGAUCGAAAGAUGAGGGGAUGGCAUCUCUCAGACGAUCCCGAUUGGGCUGAUAGUAGGAACGAAGCCAUGAGGAAAACCACGAUCAAAAAAAGUCGUUUCGAGACUGUCCAUAAUAAGACGGUACUUACUUCUAUAACAAUACUUAAUAUGUGAUACAAAUCAUGUAAAGUGGGGUUUUUGCUACGAUAGGUUGGACCAAGAAGACAACAGGUGAUCAUUGCUGUAUGGAAAAUCUUCUUUCCCGGUAUCAUCACAAGAAGGCCAAUUACUGGUUCAUCGUUCGUUGUAAAAACCACAUCUAGUAACGAUUGCUCAUCGUAACUACACAUACUUACACCUCAAAACAACCUCAGACUCCCUCCAGCAGUACUCGAGGUUCUCCGAGAAGCGGUAGUAUGGUUCCCACGGCUCCACCCAAUGACUCAAAAGAGGAGAGGAUCUCUUACGAUAUUUUAGUGGCUGAACGUCUAGUCGAAAAUCCAAAUGAGCUGCGGAGAUAUCAGCUGAUUCCAGCUCCGACGCGAAAACGCCGCUUCGAUCGUCGCUCACCGUGUGAUGCGACGCCGGUGUAUUAUACCUACUUGACUUUACUCAUAAACCCCACAAGUAUAGGACGGUACCUCCUUCUUUUGAUCAUUCCGAGUGAUUUCCAUUUGUAUAACCUUCCUUUGCACCUCCCUUUGAUCUCAGAGUUGCAACUGUAUAUUACUAUGAGGAUUUUUUUUCAUGUUGUUUCUAAUCUUAAAUUCUGAUAAAUCUGGUCAGACGAGGUUGUAAGUACGUGCCCACACCUACCCACCAUCUACCACAGCGAUUUUCUGAAUUUCAAGCGGUUUCAAGAUUCGAUCCGCAAGAAAGAGCGAAACAGGGAUAUUUUUGCGGAUCCAGAGUUCAUAAUUAUGGCAUUUGAAUGAUUACGAGAGCAUGAGCAUCUGAGGCUUUGACGGUGGGUUCAAUGGAGAAACUAGGUCUGAGGAAUAGACUCUCCUCUACUUAAUAGAGGUACCUCCCUCUUCAUCGACAGAUCGAUACAAGAAGACCUACAACAUUUUCAUCCACCUUCCACCUUCUCUAAUCUCACCUCAAUGGAGGAAAGCGCUGACGUUUUCGCAACAUCGCCUGGCCCUAUGGUGCAAAACCGGUCUUACUCUUUAGACGCGGCUGACACCUAUCCAAGGGAGCUUUUGGUUGGUGGCCGUAAAGCAAAAAAGAAGAGGGGAGCAAAAGCUCAAACGCAGCAGAACAUGCCACCGACAGGACAAAAUUGGGUUUCGCCACAAUUGAAAGGUAUUGUUUUUGAGAUUUUUUUGAUUGUUGAUUGAAGGGGGUGUCGUCGCAAUUGCAUUUCGGUGAUGACAAUUCAAUUUAGAUCAUGAUGGUUAUUGUCUUACCGGCCACCGGAGAAUUUCCAACAAAAUCAAGUUCCCAAUUCCACUAAAAAUCACAUCCAAAUAGAUCCUCGUCGCAUGCUUCAUCCCCGCAAGUAUGAAAGGGACUUGCUGCACGCGAAGGAGCAGAACUACGUUGCACGCGCGGCUGCCAGUGCUAAUCUCAAAGCGGGUUUUGAUGCCACCAGUUCACGGUCACCGAAACCGAGUCCCGUUGCUAGCGGAAAUAUCGACUACACGGAUAUUCUCGAUUCACCAGUUACGACUACACUUGCCGUCAAAGCAUCUUCCUUACUUGGCCGCGUCCUACUUGGCUCUUUUUCUACUUAGAAAAGAAGCCCCAUGUUCCAAGAGUAAUAGUAUUGCUCUCAGAGAGGAAGAUGCGAACGCAGCUGCUCUAAGCCAGAAGCAAAACACAAGCGCGAGAUGUAUGCCAAUUAUUUGCUAGAGCAAGAAUUGCGGAAACAACGGGAAGCAGAGGAGCAGAGGAAAUUGGAAGAACUAAGACUCGCUGAAGAAGAGGAAAGAAAACGAAGGAAAAAAAUCGCGGAAGGAAAGUUACGAAAUUCUGUUUGGAACUAAAACACAGCAAAUAAAACAUUCACGUCUUUUACCUCCUGCAAGUAUCUGAAAAUGUCCGUACGAAUACUAUGAGCUUCAUUCCCUAGUACGGGUACGGCUAUUUUCCCUCGUUUGUUCGGAUAUUUUUAGUCCCUAUGGACAAACUAUGGUCAUACACUAGAAGUACUUGCCAUAGUUAAUACUUAUCGUCCUCAUAUCAGUUUCUCUCGUCUAAUUCUCGGUUUCGCAGGCAAGAAAAAAUCUGCUGGUGCCAUGUCUCGGAAGAUACUCCAGAUGCAGUUCCAAGUGUUGGGCAGUGAUGAAGGCGCGGGGGCUAAGAAAGUGAACAAAUCUGCUAUCGACGACGAGGUAGCACGAAAAAAAGAGGCAGAGAAGGUUAAGGCUACAAGAAAUCCAUUUCACAGGCGGCCAUCUUGGUCCCCCCGUUUUCCUUUUGAAGGGAACAUAUAUAUGGCGAACAACCAAGUUGCUGCUUAGGAUCCCAAGCCCCUUGUUUUGUACUUCGGGGCUCGCUUAAGAAUCAACAGCCCAUAUACCCUCCCCGUCAGUGCCGCUUAGUUCUAAGAAGGAGAGGAAGCGAAAAUUAUUGGAUUCGCCAGAAGAGAAGGCUAGGGUGAAAGAAGAGGCGGAAAAGGCAGCAGCGCGAGAGGAGGAAAGGGCAAGACGGGCGCGAGAAAAGGAAGCCAGAGCCGAAGCAAGAUUGGCCCAUGAGUUAAGAUUGAUAUUAUACUUUUGAAGAAUCUGACUUUUUGGUACAAACAUGCUUCGAGAAUUUUCGGUUGCCCACGUUUCCAUCAUAUAUUGUUUCUUCGAGGCGAGAAUCUAAUCAAAGCAGCAGAGGCAGAACGACGAAAGCGAUUGGAGGCUGGGAAUUUUUCAGCCGGUGUCAUACCUUCAGCACCUGAGGUCGUUGCAGCUAGUAGUUCCUCAAAAAAGAAGGCCACAGCUGGUAGUAAAGACAAAGAGGAAGCUGUAGGGAAGCCUGCUAAGGUGAGAAGUAGAACAGGGAGUAAAGAAGACACAAGAAAAGCGUCACAACUUAUGGCAUCUAUAAGACUUAGUUGUAUGUUGAUUUAUAUUGAUGUUAUUUUCCGAUUAGUGAGUCUCCCCUCAUCAUAUUGGUCACUUUCUAGAAUUUUUACUGAAGGUGUGCAUGCACGCAGAGGAGAGAAAAAUGAAUAACUUAGUAGGUGAGGAUCAAGCUGUUGCUCUCUAAGAACCACCGAUCGAGUAGCAAGGAGCAUGCCUCCCUCACCAGUAAGGAAAAGCGAGCUGUCGAGAAUGAGGAAUUGGAACUCAUUUCCAACGAUCUAGUGCUAGAUCUGUUUGCUGGCGCAACGGCUGUUGAAGCAGAAACGGUUCUGCUCGAUGGUGGCAUGGAAGGCGGAUUAGAAUCGCUCAAUGCUCUACUUCCCGCGGCAGAGCGGUUUAGCGUUGCGCCAGGACCAUCACCUGACGAUGCAGGAUUACAGUAUACGCCAGAAGGAAGCCCCGUUCAGGCUCUAGGCUCAAAAACUGCUACGUCAGGAGUAGCAGUCGGAGCGAAAAAGAGUACAUUUAAUAAACAUCAAGAGGCUAACGUGGAACCAGUGAGAGCGACUGAGAACAAGAGUAAAUCUUCUUCAAAAACACACGACUUCAAAAAUCAAGUGGCUCCUUCAACGAGUUCCACAGCUGCUUUAGUACAAGCACCCUUGGUAGUACCUGCCACUGAGACUGACUCUCAGACUCAAAACUUAGCUCCUCCAACGGGUACUACUUUCGUAGACCCUCGUCGAAUGUUGGACCGUGUCGAGCCACAUGCUCCAUCUGACACGCCUCCAGUCGCGGUUCCUCGAGUGUCGCCACCUAGUACGGCGUCGAGCGUGCGACGGACACUGCAGAAAGCACACACGGUAGAAGGUGCCAUUGCAGCAGCAGCUUCACAAGAGGGUCGCGAUAUCUAUUUUUCUGACGAGGAGAAAAGGACGCUGUCAGACGUGUCUGAGGGCUCUGGCGACGACCUAGAUGCAGAAGCCUUACUAGCAGAGAGGGAAAGACAAAGAGCAGAGGAAGAGAAUUAUGCUGGCUCGCUGCUUGAGUGGGCGUUUAUAAUGAGGCUAGCAAGCGAACACCUUUAGACCUCAUGAUUGAAGAGGAGCGCAAAGCUCUAAAAUGAUGAAUAAAUUGCACGAACGUCGAAGCCCCAUAAGAUUCGUCCUCAGGUGGAGUCAGACCAUCAUCAUCCUCUAAUCCAAGAGAAGAAACCGGAACAACAAUAUCGAUCCUGGUCCAGGCCACUACAAUCAAAAGCCGAUGUGGUGCGAGGGCGGGGCAAGAUGGAGCAUGGGCGACUGUCCACCGAGGAAUCUGCUACGACAAGGAACCAAUUGGUUAUUGAAGCCCAGUUUUGAACUAGGUAUAAUUGGCUAUUGAAACGUAAUUCAAGAGAACCACAAAGCAGCCACGUUUACAAACAAACUUUCAACUAGCAAGGAAGACCUGUGAUGAUGAGUAUGGUUGCUGCUAUCUUGGGCCCAUCACUGAGGUAUAUCUCAGAAGAUCUGACCAGUCCUGGUUCUAUGUAGAAGUCGCGGAUCAUGUGCUAACUAAGCUGACAACAUGAAUAUGAUUUGUUGUACUGCUUCGAGAAAUUUAGACUUUGAAAAGUCCUAGGUAUACCUCAUUAUAUUGCACCUCUUCUUUUUUGUACUCUUUGGUCAGAUGUUGUCGAGUCAAACAACGAGUUUUGUUUAGGGGAACGAGAAAGAACAGUAGUGCAAAAAAUUCCAAAUCCAUCUAAGUACUUAUUCAAAAACACAUCUGUGCGUACAGUAGGGCGUUUCUGUCUGUUGGUUUUAACACAUCUGUCCUAGGUAAUCCAUCUAUUCAAACCAACAGCCAACCCCGGACCUGGCCAUUAUGGGGACGUAGGUGGCCGUACAUUGCCUUCGCAGGCCAGUUUUUACAUGGGGGUCAAGCCACCAAUGUGGAAGCCAGAGCUGAAUGACCCACAGAUUCCGACGGCAACACACUUGUUCAAACCGGGGCCGCCUUAUUUCUCCAUCAAGGGCAAACUUCCGGCACAGAAGUCUGCAGUAACGUUCAGUUUUGAGUAUCGUCCAGGAAAGGAGUUUUACGAGGGUAGUCGAGUCGCCUUGUCCUCGGACCGCGAAUUCUUUGACGAGUUUGGGAGUAUGUACAUUAAGGCUUCCCCUAGUAAGCUUCCAUUUUGAAAAGCAUCGCGAAGCUGUCAUCCUUGUGCAAAUAAUACGGAGAUGAAUCAAUGAUAAGGAGCGUCAAGGAGAUGCGUUUCAAGAUGGAUAAGUGUACUUAAGUUCUAAGUACAGUCUGGAUGGCCAGUCAACCAGAGAAGCGGAGCGCUUUAUGUCUCCGGAAAAGCGAAGACAAUUAUCGAAGGCAGAGCUAGACCACGUGAAGAAGAUGGAAAAGCGAGCUGCUGGAAGGUUAAGGCUUGCAAGUUGGCCUUCUUAUCUGAGAGCAUGUCCACCAUGGUGACGUUGCUAAGGGGAAACAGGAUAGAUAAGCGAGCUAGAUAGGUCCACUUGCAACUCCUAAGAACAGAGCAGUCCGAAACACGUGCACCCUCUUCCUUAACCGAUCAUGGCGCGAGCAAAGGGGAACUACUGGGAGGUGAGGAUAAUUCUAGCAAUUUUCACAGUACUCUAGGAGUUGGUGGCGGUCACCAGCAUAGCAUGUCGACCUUGGGUCCUGGCGAGGACACUAGCAUGAAUUUUCGAUCGAUCCAGUCCGAAACAUCCCUGAUGUACCCGCCAACGUCACAUGUAGAGGAGCUUAGAAAACGACACAACAUGAGGACGCGGUAUAAGCCGAGUAGCUACACGCAGAUUGGUCCGGACGCUAGAAACUUUGAUCGUUUUACGAUCGCCGCAAACGACCGCCGAACAACGCAGUUUACCAGUAGACCGACGAAUACACGGUACGAUCCUCACGAGAAAAAUUGGUACAGCCAAAAUCCGGAAUUGCUAGUGUCUGCGGGUCUGAAAUACGCUAAUGCGCCUUCAUGGACUGCGGAUCCAACGAAGGGGUUCAGUUAUGAGAACAUUGCAAUGGAGUCUCGUAUAUCUUCUGACCAUCAAGUGCAGACGACAUCUUCUCUCUAAGUUAUAGAUGUGACCAUCAUCUUAUCUUAUCACAAUAUGUUGGUUCCUAGUAAAACAAGAUCUACUAGCAACUUGUGAUUCCAACAUCAACUAUUACAUCUAAGGGAGGCUAAAUUUCCAUACGAGCAAAAUUAUGUAUAUUUCCCUUCUAACCCACCUUGAUCGGCAAAGACAUAAAGCCGAUGGCCCUGGAGACUGCGGGACGAGACGCACCUGUGCGAGACGUAUCUCGAUAUGAGUCGCGGACAGUGAGAACCAAGGCCUCAGGCUUCUCUUGGGGUGCUAGUAGUAGGUUUGGAGGAUUGUAUUGCUAGUCUAGUGAGAAUCGACAGGAGCGUAGGUUUGGAGAACGAUGUCACGUAAUACGUUAUGAAGGACACACACACAAAAUGAACUCAUUUUCUUUUAGACUUUUGUUUUUCCGAGGAAUCCUCGUCAUGCUGAAUCACUUCUGUAUGGUAUCAAUGGUGCCUAUAAUCCUGGGGGAGUUGUAAAUGAAUCCAUCUUGUUGUUGUAGUUUUUGAGAACAGGGAAUAAAUCUAUAAUCACUUCUUAGGUUGAAGAUGAAGACCAAGAUGACUGUCUUAGUGUCAUGAUGAGAACUAGUUUUAAUAAUGAACAGAAUACGCAAGUUAUUUCUACUCUUUCUUAGGUGAAUGCCUAUGCCAUAGUGAACCUUUUAGAUUAACCAGACAAGUGAACAGUCAGUGAAGACAGGUGAACGGUCGGCGAGUGACGAACUAAGAAGGUUGUAGAAGCGCGGCCUACAUAAAGUGGUCAGAAAAUAUCUAUGUCUCCGCCUUCGCAGGUAGGUACAAAAAGCGAAAAUUGGCUAGUAUUUGUCCUCCUCCUUGUGGCAAAUGCCACAUGGACGCCAG